UGCUGCGUCUGCCUUCACUAACACAAAAAGGGAAAGUACCACAAGGAUGAUUCUUUGUUGAGCAGAUACACAGAGAAGAACACGGUCCAACCAUAAAACAUCCUCACCGUAUCACGCUCGUAGCUCAGGAAGCGACCUCACUCUGCUUGGGUGCACACCAGAGGAAACUCAGGACUUGUACAGCCGUCACUUCUUAACAUCUGUCUUCCUGCGCUCCCCGAGCUCAGAGCGCUCUGAACGCAGCCCAAGACGGACCAUGCCACAGAGGAGCCAGCAUCCCCUGAUCUAUGUCCUGCUGAUUUGGACCAGCAUAGUCACCAUAAUCCUGUUUGUGUUCAUCACCCUUUUCUUCAUACCGGGACAGUCUUCGAACAGUAGCACUGUAGGGCACACAUCCCCAUUACACAUUACACCGUCCUCCCCCGAAAUACUCAACUUAAAAGCGUCAGAAGGGCGCCAGUCCACCAUUAAAUGGACCACGAUGCAGUCAGAUUCAAGCCUGAUUUUAAAAGGCUCAGGAGAGACUAUUAAGUUUCUAAAGGAUGGAAACUAUAUCCUGAACUUUCAGGUAACACUGUCUCCAUGUGACGAAGGGCCAGUCUCAAACACGGCACACUCCGUGACCCUGAAACUGGACGGCAAAGAUAAGCUGGUGGGUUGGAUUAACACAAACUCCAACAGCACAGGCCUGCUCAGCAGGAUCUUGCGUCUGGCAGCGGGUACUGUGCUGGUUAUUUCUAUUGACCCCGCUGCCUGCGUCAACACCACUGUAAGCAUGACCCAUCUGGACAUCAUUUGGCUGUACUAACUACAGCUUUAGCGGCACGUCCACCGGCGCGGGUAUAUGCCAGCGCAUCCGGAUCCUCCUCUCUCCAGAAAUCCUGCCCCCGAUCAAAAUGUAGUACGCAGCGAUUGCUUGGUACUUAUAUUUUCCUGUCUUCACUUUUGGAUUAGCUUAGUAAAUCACUAAACUUGUAAAGUGAGAGGGUAGAGGUGUAUGGAUAAAACAGCUGAAGGUAUUGUCUCUGAAAACGGAGAAAAACAUCUCAAAUUGUAGCUGGACAAUUAUUUUUCUACAAGCAAAAUCUUUAAGUAAAAGUUUUUUAUGCUUUUAUGAGUCUCAGGGGUUCCUAUCAUCACUACAAAUCGGUUUCUUGAUUUUGAUGCCUUAAGGCUGCUUUUCAGUUAUUAUUUAUGCUUGCAAAUCCAAUUGAAUGAACAGAAUAUAUGCUGUAACACUGAGGGAGGAAGGGGGAAAUGAGGUUUUUACUCAUCUCUGCUUUUAGCUCUGUAAUACAACCUUACUAAAUUGUUUAGAUUUAAUUUCUUGUUUGUAAUUAUUUUUGCGUUACAAAUGAUUUUUUUAAAUAAUAUUUUUACACAGAAGUGCCAAAAUAAGGGCAAAUUAGAUUUUCUUUCUUUCUUGAAAAUGUAUUUUAUCUGCACCAAUCCUUUCUAAAUGCUGAUUUCUUGACUUUAUGCUGUAUGAAUUUAUAUAUUUAUGUUGAAGCUAUUUAUUGUUUGGACCAAAGUUAUUUACAGGACAUUGUAAAUAGGGACAUUCCACCGACAGAUCAGCUGAUACUCAACGAAUGUAUGACAUUAUGUGUUACAGUGUGUUUCUGUCCGGCACACAUUGUAUGUUUUUGUUGUUCUUUUUUUUGUCGGUGGUGAUUCACUGGAAUGUGCUUAAAAUGUUUUCAUUAAGUCUGUCGAGCUGAAAUCUUUCUAACAGGAACAUGUGGUUUCAGAAGUACUUGUGGUAUGCUCAUUUAUUUUCACAGGCUGUUGUGUUUUAUUUUUAAAUUACGGCAUCUACACAACAGAGUUUGUGUUAUUGCUAUAUCAUGUAAGUGAAGUUGCUCAAACAAGCUAACCUUCAACAUCCCAAGUUAUUGCUCAGUUUACACGUUCUGAUACAGAAAAAUAUAUAUUUUUUUUGGUCGU